AAACGGUCAGUAAGUUUGAUCGGAAUCGAUGCGUCUGCAAAAAACAAGUCAAUCUAGAACCUUUGCGCACAGUCAACCUCACUCCGAGGCUGCAGACAAGCGGGGACAAGCUGAGCAUAGUCUACUACUCUCUGAGCUACCACUUGGCUCGCCCCUGCUCUUCUAUUUUGCUAUGUAUGAGCUCAGACAACCAGCAACCCCAGUUCGGAGCAGCGAGGUAUUGCGGUACCAUCUGGCGUCACUGUCAUCGCGCUGUAUGUGUGCGUGUCCUGCUCAACAACGCCGUCCACCCGCUUGGGCGACCUUGUUACGUUACGACAUCGUUGUAGUUUUCAACCGGGCAUGAUCAACUGAUCCAAGGCGAGCUCAGAGGAGCUCGCCGUGCGCGAUGACUGAUGGAAAUUUCUCUGGGCAUGUGUAUAGGAGGCACCGAAGUAGGUGAAUCAUGUGCCGUUCAGCCCCAUGCCACGUUGGUCCGUCUGCGUCUCUUCUUCUUCUUUUUUGCUUAUUGCAAGCUGCAUCACACACCGCUCGAAUCCACAUAGGUACAUCUUGGCCAGGUCGAUUCUCAACAGCCCAUCUCCUUGUCGAGAGAGCGGUAGACGGGUCCAUUAGGGCCGAGUAGCGGCGGAACAGCGGAUAUCCGUACAGGCGACGCCCGGGCUGCUUCUCACGCCCUAUGCUCGACCUCUAUUGCCGGUAGACAUGGGGCUCCAGGUGGUUGGACUGGUGGGU